AGAUAUAAAUGUGUUCAGCGAAUAUUAAUUGAGCAGUUUGAUUUUAGUUAACGGACCGCUAGACAAGUUUAGUUUCACAAGAUGCGGAUUUUAUUUAGUGUGCUUUUGUGCCUUACUUUGGCUACCUGCAGACACGCAGGCAAUAAUUAUCAGGAUAAUUUUAAUAUAGGUCAACGUGAAGAAAAUGAUUAUCUCAUUACUAAUAGAACCAUUUCCAAGCCUGCCAUUGGGAAGCCCAUGAUAGCUACAGUCGGUGCAAGCUCUCCAGAAGGUGCACGUCUCACCAAAUGUCAAAUCAGAAAUAUACGAAAUACACAAACUCUAUUUAUACCGAAAAAACUCGAUUCAACAAAUGUAGUAAUAAUAGUUAUGGGAAGACGUAAAGAAGGGAUGCUUAUAUCCAUGGAGUGUUAUGCAAAAGAUAUUUCAACACCUGCUCCAACUACCAAAAGACCUAAUAAGAGCACAUCUAGUAGUGAAGAAAGCAGUAGCACAUCUGAAAGUAGUGAAGAAAGUAAUAGCACAUCUAAAACUAGCAAAGAAAACAAUAGUGAUGGAAACAAAAGCACAUCCGAUGCCGGGGAUGCAAAUAACAACUCAGGCAAAAAUGGCGAUGGAGGAAACAGCGCACCGGAUGCCGGGGAUGGAAAUAACAACUCUGGAGAAGGUGGCGACGGAGGAAACAGUGCACCGGAUGCUGGGAAUGGAAAUGACAAUUCAGGCGAAGGUGGCGAUGGAAGAAGCAGCGCACCGGAUGCCGGGGAUGGAAACAACAAUUCAGGCGAUGGUGGCGAUGGAGGAAACAGCGCACCCGAUGCUGGGAAUGGAAAUGACAAUUCAGACGAAGGUGGCGAUGGAGGAAACAGCGCACCGGAUGCAGGGGAUGAAAAUAACAACUCUGGAGAAGGUGGCCACGGAGGAAACAGUGCACCGGAUGCUGGGAAUGGAAAUGACAAUUCAGGCGAAGGUGGCGAUGGAGGAAACAGCGCACCGGAUGCCGGGGAUGGAAACAACAACUCUGGCGAUGAUGGUGAUGGAGGAAACAGCGCACCGAAUGCCGGAGAUGGAAAUAACUCAGGCGAAAAUGCCGAUGGAGGAAAUAGCGCACCCGAUGGCGGGGAUGGAAACAAUAACUCCGGCGAAGGUACCGAUGGAGGAAAUAGCGCACCGAAUGCCGGGGAUGGAAAUAAUAACUCUGGCGAAGGUGGCGAUGGAGGAAACAGCGCACCCAAUGGCGGAGAUGGAAACAACAAUUCAGGCGAUGGUGGCGAUGGAGAAAACAGCGCACCAGAUGCCGGCGAUGGAAAUAACAACUCAGGCGAAAAUGGCAAUGGCGGAAAUAGCGAACCUGAUGCCGGGGAUGGAAAUAACAACUCAGGCGAAAACGGAAAUGGAGGAAACAGCGUUCCCGAUGGCGGAGAUGGAAACAACAAUUCAGGCGAAGGUGCCGAUGGAGCAAACAGCGCACCCGAUGCUGGGGAUAGAAAUAAUAACUCUGGCGAAGGUGGCGAUGGAGGAAACAGCGCACCCGAUGGCGGAGAUGGAAACAACAAUUCAGGCGAUGGUGGCGAUGGAGAAAAUAGCGCACCAGAUGCCGGGGAUGGAAAUAACAACUCAGGCGAAGGUGGCGAUGGAGGAAACAGCGCACCGGAUACCGGGGAUGGUAACAAUAACUCAGGCGAAGGUGCCGAUGGAGGAAACAGCGCACCGAAUGCCGGAGAUGGAAAUAACUCAGGUGAAGGUACCGAUGGAGGAAACAGCGCACCCGAUGGCGGGGAUGGAAACAAUAACUCCGGCGAAGGUACCGAUGGAGGAAAUAGUGCACCAGAUGCCGGGGAUGGAAACAACAACUCAGGCGAUGGUGGCAAUGGAGAAAACAGCGCUCCGGAUACCGGGGAUGGAAAUAACAACUCAGGCGGAAAUGGCGAUGGAGGCAACAGUGCCGGAAAUGGAAAUAACGCAGCCGAAGGUGACGAUGGAGAAAACAGCGCACCAGAUACUGGGGAUGGAAAUAACAACUCAGCCGAAGGUGCCAAUGGAGGAAAAAGCGCAGCAGAUGCUGGAGAUGGAAAUAACAAUUCAGCCAAAGGCGAUGAAGAAAAUGAUGCACCCAAUGCUAGCGAUGGAAAUGGUGCACCCGAAGAUGGCAAUGGAAACAAUAGCGCACCCGAAAGUAAUGAUGGAAACAGUAGCGCACCCGAUGAUGGUGAUGGAAACAACAGCGCACCCAUUGAUGGAAAUGGAACCAGCACACCUAAUAAUGAGGGAAACAACAGCACAACUAAUAAUAGCGAUAAAAUCGACAGCACCUUUGAUAAUGGCAAUGGCGACAACGACAACAAUAACAAUUCUAGUGAUAACAAUGUAGAAGCUUAGACAAUUAGAUUAACUAAUAAUUUGGACUGAAAAAAUUCUGCUAUAUAUGUAUAUCUAAUUUAAAGUCAGAAUAUGUAACAGUCAUGAUAUGUAUUCUUACAUAAAAUAUAAUAUAAAGACAAGAUUGCAUUAUACAUUA